UCUACAUCUAACAAGACAUAGCAGGAUGAGCUGAGCCAAAUCUUAGUAAAGCAUAUUUCAAUGCAAUAGAAAGAAUUGUUGCUUUAAGGCCUAUGGCGGCAGCUCCAGAGUUAUCAUAUGAAACAUUUUACCUAACCCUUUUGAGCCAUUCUGACCCUUCUUACCCAAUCUCCAAAGCCAUUUACAAUCCUGACAAUCCUUCAUACUCGUCCAUUUUGCAAGCUUACAUUCGAAAUCUCCGAUUUAACACAUCAACAACACCAAAACCACUCUUUAUCCUGACUGCAUUGCAUGAGUCUCAUGUGCAAGCUGCUGUUUUUUGGGCCAAAAAACAUGGAUUGCAAAUGAAAAUCAGAAGCGGAGGCCAUGAUUAUGAAGGCAAAUCUUAUGUUUCGGAUGUCCCUUUCUUCAUUCUCGAUAUGUGCAAUCUUCGAUCGAUUGAUGUUGAUAUCGAAAACGAGACGGCUUGGGUUCAAGCUGGGGCAACUCUUGGUGAAGUUUUCUACAGCAUUGCCGAAAAAAGCAGCACUCACGGCUGCCCAGCUGGAGUCUGUCCUACUGUUGGUGUUGGUGGGCAUUUAAUUGGAGCUGGAUAUGGCAAUUUGAUGAGGAAAUAUGGUCUAAGUGUCGAUAACAUUACCGAUGCAAUAUUGGUUGAUGCUGAAGGCAGAAUUCUUCACAGAAAAUCAAUGGGAGAAGACCUUUUUUGGGCUAUUAGAGGCGGUGGAGCUAGCUUCGGAGUCGUGGUUUCAUAUAAAAUAAACCUUGUUCGAGUUACAGAAGUUGUCACUGUAUUUCGAGUUGAAAGAACACUUAAAGAGAAUGCAACUGAUAUUAUGUAUCAGUGGCAACAUGUUGCCCAUAAGAUUCAUGAAGACCUCUUCAUCAGGCUCCUCCUGGAUGUUGUAAAAGAUAGUCCAAGUGGAGAAAAGACGGUGAGGGCUUCAUUUAUAGGUUUCUUUCUCGGCGACUCUGAGAGGCUUCUGUCCAUUACAGCAGAAAGCUUCCCUGAAUUGGGUUUGCUUAAAUCAGAUUGCAUAGAAACGAGUUGGCUUGAAUCAAUCCUGUUUUGGGCAGACUUUCCCGUUGGGACACCGAUCGAUGUUAUGCUUAGUCGAACACCUCCAUCACUCGUCUACUUGAAGAGGAAGUCAGAUUAUGUGCAAGAACCAAUUUCAAAGGAUGAUUUGGAGGCCAUUUGGAAGAAAAUGAUGGAGCUAGAAGUUCCAAAAAUGGGGUUCAAUCCUUAUGGUGGUAAAAUGAGUGAGAUUUCAGCAGCAGCAACUCCCUUUCCACACAGAGCUGGGAACUUGUGGAAGAUUCAGUAUCAAAUAAACUGGAAUGAAGAAGGGACUGAAGCAGAAGAAUACCAUCUUGAUUUGGCAAGGCAGCUCUAUCGUUACAUGACUCCCUUUGUAUCCAAGAAUCCAAGGGCUGCAUUUCUGAACUACAAGGACCUUGAUUUGGGCAUCAACCACCAUGGAAAGACGAGUUACAUUGAAGGAAGGGCUUAUGGGAUCAAGUACUUUAAGGGUAACUUCGAAAGAUUGGUCCAAAUCAAGACUAGGGUUGAUCCUGGUAAUUUCUUCAGGCAUGAACAAAGUGUUCCAACGUUUCCCUUAAUAGAAAGGAUGUAGAAUGGGAAAUUCAUUUUUAA